CCGAAAUACGAGAAUAGUCCAGGAGAAGACCAGAAUGACCGACACCAACGAGGUGCAGCGCGCCAAGCGGGUCAAACUAACGGAUGAGAAUGGCCUGGAUAACAACAGCAUUCAAAGUUUUCGUGGUUUCCAGCUCAUCAAGGUCCUGAACGAAAAUGCCAGAAGUAAAACUGUCGCCGUUCAUGGAAAGUUUGGAGAAUCAGAAUCUGAUGCUGUGGUUCUUUUGGAGAAGACACCUUUUUCAGAAGAUACCUUACCACAAAUGUUGUCUGCAGAAACUAGCGUUAAGAUGGAAUUUAACAAUGAUAUCUACAACCAGUGUACAUGCCAACCACAAUCACGUUUCAAUAUGUUGAAGGGAACAAUAAUCUACCCAGCUACAGCUAAACAUCUUGAUAAAUUUUCAUCCCAAAAUGUGCAUUUUGUUCAAGAAACUCCUGAUGUUUAUAAAUCAAUUACUCUUCCAUUUAUUGAGGAAAAAUCUUUCAGUAUUCAGUGGGUGUACAACAUUCUUGAAAAAAAGGCUGAAGUGGAACGUGUUGUAUUUGAAGAUAAUGACCCAGAAACUGGCUUUGUUUUGUUGCCAGACUUGAAGUGGGAUCAGAAACAGAUUGAAAACCUGUACCUGGUGGCUAUUGGCCGUAGACGAGGAAUUAAAUCACUCAGAGAUCUUGAUAGAUCCCACCUACCACUACUGAGGAAUAUAUUGUUGAAAGGACAGGAAGCCAUAAGGGAUAAGUAUGGUGUUGGCAAAGACCAAAUUCAGGUUUAUGUUCAUUACCAGCCCUCUUAUUAUCAUUUUCAUGUACAUUUUACUCAUAUCAACUAUGAUGCUCCUGGCUGCUGUCUUGGUAAAGCUCAUCUUCUGCAUGAUGUGAUUGAUAAUAUAGAGAACAUUGAUUCCAAUUUUUACUCCAAGAGGACAUUGUUGUGUCUUUUUAAAGAGAAUGAUAAACUUCUUCAUAGGAUUCAGCAAGCAAAUCAUGGUGAAAACCCAACAGGUGCAAAGGUCUAAUGAGGACAAAUAACCACAGACUUGUUAGAACUUAUUUUAACUGAUAUACGAUAGCUUGGUCAGAGCAGACUAGCCUGGAAUGGAGGUUAAGACGAAUAAAAUUGAAAGGUGUUUUGUUAUGGUCUCUCUCUACAUAUUUCCAGAGGAAAAUGUGAUUUCUUAUAGUUGCAGCAUCAAUGCGAAUAUAUCAAACUACGCUUUCGUAGUCUGUCAA